GGUUUACUUAGUCUUCCGCCCUAAUCCACGGACCAGCGGAGUUUAAAUUCAAUUAAUCCCUUACGCUGCAUCAGGAAAAUCCAAUCCAGUGAUCAGUUACAAUGGUGGGAGUUUUCGAAGUUGGAGCAAUUGCGUUCAAUCCCGACGGAUGGGGUCCACCCGAAUCAACCACCGGCACCCCACUAAGUACAACCACCACACUUCCUCCCCACGUCCCCUUCGCUACUUUCUCCCGCUCUGAAAGGCUUGGCCGGAUCGCCGACUUCACCCGCAAUUUUCCCUCUUCAAAUGCCAACGCAUCGAAUCGCCCUUCCUCUGGGAAACCCGGAUCAGCCGACUCUCCCUUCGAUUUUUCUCUCGACCUCGACGCCUUCCCUCUCGCCAAUGACGAUGGUUCCGCCUUCCGUUUAGUCGACGCCAAGCCUCCAUCUCGUCCUAAGUUUGGCCCUAAGUGGCGUUUCAACCAACACCGACCUCAACUCCCCCAACGACGAGAUGAAGAAGUCGAGGCCCGGAAAAGAGAGGCUGAGAAGGAGCGAGCCCGCCGCGACCGUCUUUAUAAUCUCAACCGGUCCAAUCAGAACCAGCAACGUCGUGAAGCCGCGAUCUUUAAAUCCUCCGUUGUUAUACAACCGGAAUGGAACAUGCUCGAACAAAUUCCCUUCUCAACAUUCUCCAAAUUAUCCUUUUCCGUCGCCGACCCAGAGGACUUACUUUUCUGUGGUGCAUUAGAGUAUUACAAUAGGUCUUUUGAUCGAAUCACCCCAAAGAACGAACGGAGAUUGGAGAGGUUCAAAAAUAGAAACUUCUUUAAAGUUACCACGACUGAUGAUCCGGUCAUCCGGAGAUUGGCCAAUGAGGAUAAAGCCAUUGUUUUUGCGACUGAUACGAUUCUGGCAACGUUAAUGUGUGCACCCAGGUCUGUUUAUUCAUGGGAUAUUGUUGUUCAACGUGUUGGGAAUAAACUAUUUUUCGAUAAAAGAGAUGAGUCACAAUUAGAUUUAGAGAAAAUCGUCUCAACUAACUCGGCUCCUAUACAAACUUGUUGUACUGUCAGCAACUUCUGGGGAAAUCUGCCAUGA